CGACGCAAGAGAGAGCUGAGCAAGUGUACUUGUGGCAUCUUCAACUCUCGGAAAGCACCGAUGGAAGAAAUCUCCGAUCGUCUGAAUCCGGGAAUCACGCCGGAGUUUGAUCCGAAGACUAUGCGUUCCACCAAACCUGGAUUGAAGCGUCUCUUCAUCACCAGCUCUGUACUCUUUUCAUUCCUUUUAGGUGUGCCAUUUCUGUGGAAGUCAGUGGAAAUAUAUCGCUCUCCGUUACCGUUCCACGACAUCGAUUCUCUCUCCGAUCAACUUGAGUCGACCCCUUUGCGUUUCCCUUGCAAUUUCCACGCUGUUUUCGUCGGUUUUCGAUCGACGGAUCCGGAUAACUUACGAUCUCAGAUACAAGAUGGUAUAAAUCAGUUAACUCAUCAAAGUUCACAAUGUGGUUCUUGUGAUUUUUCCCUCUCUGUCACCGUUCAAAACCGAGAAGACCAGUGCUCUGAUACACUUGCGCAUAGUUCUACCACGUGCUCUUACCGUUGUGGAGUGAUCAAAAGAAAUGGUUUUAGUGUUGGAUUGGAUGAUACAGUGGAUGAGUCACUGAAUGAUGUGUUUAGUGGCUGUUCUGAGAACAGUGGGAAAAUGUACAGUGUUGUCGUGGUGAAUAAAGAGAAUGCCAAUGGUGGAGAUGAGGUAAAAGCUGUGGUGGGGAAGCGAAGGCAUGCGUGGAUUGUGGGCAAUGGAUUAGAAGAGAGGUAUGGUGACAUUGUGGCUAGAGUUUCUGAGAUUUUCGUUCAGGUGUUUAUGAAUGGUGGAAGAGAAGAAGACUCAAUUCAGGGAGAGUUUAUGCCUGUGGGAUCAGAUGGGAAGAUUGUUCUUUCGUUCAGUCUUUUAAAUUCCAAUCCACGUGAUUGGGUCUACGAUUGGGACUUUCAGAGGAUAGAUGAGGCAUUGUUGGCUCCGGUGACUAAGGCCUUAGCACCUAUAGCUAAUAUAACUGUUGAAAGUCAGGUUUUGUAUCAUACACCGAAGUCUUCGUUUUCAUCUUGGGAUAAAAAACUUCAGAGCUACAUCUUUAGGACCAGUGAUCUUCCGUUUUUUGUGAAUUCGAACGAAUGGCACUUGGAUACUUCUGCUGGAGCCAGUGGACGGUCCAAAAUACUGCAAUUUGUGGUAUAUAUUCCAUCCGGAAAAGAAUGCCCUCUUCUUUUGCAGUUGCCAAAUGUGGAGAUAUCUAAAACAAAUGGCUUCAUAUCUCCGAUGUGGGGUGGUGUGAUUGUGUGGAACCCGGGAAAUUGUGACAAGGACUCUGAAAGCCCAAGUAGGAACACGAUAUCGCUUCAGGAUCUCGAGCAAAUAGUCGAAAUUUUCUUGGGACAAUUCCGACAACUAUUUGGCUUUAAGUCUGAAGCCAAAUAUACCACUGGAUUGGGCACUUACAAGAUUUUAACUAGUGAAAGAGGCUUUACAGAGUGGGAAUUGGAUGUCUUGUCACGGAAGCACACUUGCUUCAAUCUCCAUUCUUGUUCAACAACCCUCGGUUCUCUCUCUAGAUUGGUUCGGUCACUCCCCAGGAUGAUUAUCAAGGAUGAAAUUGGAGAACAAGUGAAAUAUUCUCUGAAAGCAGCAAAGUUGGCUCAGUCUAAUGCUUCUUUGGGAGGAUACAGUUCUUCAGCCAGUUCAUCAAGAGAAGCAAGGUCUUUAGCCGAGAAUGCCUUCUUCCAUCCAUCCAUCAUGUCCGUCAGCUACUUCUCUUAUGAACAUUGCUUUGCAGUGUACUCACCGUUUUUCCUGCCGGUGGUAGGUCACGUUGUCCUUGCAGCAGUACGAGAAUGGAAGAGAUACAAACAAGAGAAGGCAAAGUACUUGACAUGGCUAACCAGAAAGAAGACGACCUAGGACUCUUUAGCAUACUACAGAUUCUCUGUAACUUUAAAAGUUUGUGGUUGAUUGAAUUCAAAAUUAUGACAAACAAUAUUACAUUGAGAAGGGAACUCUAGGUAUCAGGCGCAUUUGAUGUACUUUUCGUUGUUGUGUUUAUCUUAAGGCUUCUCUCACAUCAAAAGUGGUGCAAUCAAACAGUGUAUGUUUCACCAUGUUUACGAUUACAGAUGUCUAACC